AUGGCUGAUCCCGUGUUCCUCACGCUUGAUAUCAUUAAGCUAGCUGCUUCGGUCGCCACCAGCUUCAUGGAUUAUACGAGAAGCGUGAAGGAUGCUCCCAAAGUAGUCAAGAGUAUCGCUCUAGAGGUGAACAUACUGAAAGGUAUCUUGGAAUAUCUCGGGGCGACUCUAGAAGGGGGCAUAGGACCCACGUGUAAGACGGGACUUGAAGAAUGUCUUAGCAAUUGUAGGACUACAUUGUCCGAGCUCGAGAAGCUUGUGGUCCCGGAGAAUAAAGACGAUUCGGACUCUUCAAGCUCGUCGUCUCACGGCAAGACUCAUAGUCUUUUUCGUCCAUUUGUACCCAACAGGGGGAAUAGAACCCCCUCGCCCUUUAAUCAUCCCAAUCCACCUAACGGGGCGAGUCUGAACAAACUGCUGUCUCCAUUGCAGGCAUUGAAAAUCCCCGAGUCAAAGCCGGCAUUCCGCUUCAAGGUUGACCAAUCUGAACCUCUUCCGAUGAGGACGGCCACGCCCCCGACCAAACAGUCGUCAAUGUCCCUUCGGAAGAGACUUAAAUGGCCGCUCGUACAUCAGCGUAAGGCGGAGGAGUUGCUGAAGCAGCUCGAGAGGCAGAAGUCUCAGCUCAGCAUAGCUGUCCAGGCUGAUAAUUCUGCGAGUAUCGCUGAAACAAAUGCUGCUGUAAAAAACAUCGAGGCAGUACUGGACGACGGUGAGAAGAGAAGAAUCCUGUCUUGGUUAAAACCGAAGGUCGACAUGCACGAGUUCCACUCCGAACAGCAUGACAAGCAGGAAGACGAGACGUGUGACUGGAUAACCGGUUCUCAGGGCUGGCAGCAGUGGCUCAACGGAGGCUCAUUCGGGCAAGAAGGUUAUGAACGCUUCAUAUGGAUCUUCGGGAUCCCCGGCGCCGGAAAGACAGUCCUCGCCUCGUUUCUCAUCGACGCUAUUGGGACGCACUGCCAAGCGACCGGGUACUCGUUUUACUAUUGCCACCACGAGCGGAACCAAGACGAGACCCUCCACUUCCUCCGCUGGAUCGUCAGUGACUUGAGUAGACAGAUCGGGCGUUUCAUCCCACAGGCCCUGGAAGAGUUGAGCAAGAGUGAGAACUUCAGCAUCUCGGGCCUCAUGAACUGUUUCCUGGCCGUGAGCCGAAAAUUCAUGCAAAGAGGCCAGCGGGUCUACCUGGUAGUCGAUGCCGUGGAUGAGAGUAGAAAGCCGCGAGAACGGUUCCUCGACGUGCUGAUCACAAUUGGUACGGACCCGGACUACCGACAUGUCUCGCUGUUGAUGACGAGCCGCGAGGAACCUGAUAUUAAGGCCGCCAUGGGUGGAUAUGAAGACGACGAGCUGUAUCCGCCGGCUGGUGUGCGGCACACGGCUAUCACGAUGUCGAACGCCGACGUCAUGCGAGCAAUACGGAUGUACGUCAAGAAGCAGUUUGCGAGAAACGAAAGAUUCAAAAUAUGGCAGACAGAGUUCAGAACAAGAGUGGAGGAAGAAUUAGCAAGGAAUGCUAGAGGGAUGUUCCGAUGGGUCGCAUGUCAGGUCGAUAUCAUCGAACGUCUUUACCUAGACAAAAGUCGGGUAAUAGCCGCCCUCAGCAAUCUGCCAGAAACUCUCUUCGACACAUAUGCGAGGAUACUCGAAGGUAUACCGCCAGAACAGCGUGCAUUCGCUCGCACGGCUCUCGCGUUGAUAUGCAGCAACACCUCCAACAUCAAGAGCGCCGACGUAUUAGUCCAAGCGUCGCUUCACAACGUUCGUCACGGCGCGAUGCAUAUGUACAACGUGCGCAUGCUGAAGGAGAUCCUCGGAUGUCUGAUCAAAGUAACAGACCUGCGCAGGAAGCCGCAGCACAUCUUGAGUAAACAGGACGAUGGGCUCAACCUACAGAAGGUCAGCAUCGCCCACUACACCGUACGGGAAUUCCUCUUUGCGCCGUCCAAGGGUGGCGACGACCAGCCGCGCCCCGCCGGUGAGUUCGCACUCACGGACACAGACAUACGCACGCUAGAGAUGCAAGUCGUCUUUAACGGGCUGCAGCAGUGGGGUCAUAACCGGCCACCGGCGAACCAGCGCAACCCCAGCCGCUACGAGGAGCACUGCCUCGAGAUGAGCGACUCGGCUUUGCGCGGUGAUCGUCGUAAUUUGAUCGUCAAGCACCAGAGCGUCUUCGAUUCGGUCGUGCCAUGCCUUAAGCCCAACAGCGAGUACAUUAAGUCGCUGAGAAACGAGCGUGUGCGAAAACGGUUUACGAAGUGGCGUAGGCUGUGUGCAUUCGGCGAGUACGACAAUAUGGCGAUACCAACAACGGCAGGGCAACGGGGUUCCGUGCGCCAGGAGACCGGCACCCUAGUAAGCCUAGUACUGCUACGGUGGCCGGAAUUCGCACAGAAAUACCUGCGGGAACCGUCAUGGGGUCGGCUUUCACCUGAGCGCAGGCACAUGAUCUGGUCCGAAGAAUUCACGAUCGACGCCUCGGUCGAUGACAGCAUGCCGCGGACAUUCGCCAAGGGCGAGCCUGUGACCCUACUUCGCUUGUGCGUGGCAUGGAAGCGCCUCGACUUUCUGGAAAUAUUCAUUGGUGCCGGCGCCAAUUUCGUCAACGAGCCACACAUCGUGUUCGUGGCGCUUGAGAACCCGUACGGUGACGACGGCGAUGAUGGACAGAUUACGGGCCAGCUUUUGAAAAUGAUCCUCGAAAGAGGCGCAGACCCGAACCCCCCUGGAUUCCUGUAUACACCUCUCCAGGAUGCGGUACAUCGUCUAGAGGAAAGCUGGGUACACAGUCUGCUUCUUGAGUGUCGCGAUGCCAAUGCGAUGGGCGACCCCGACGGUGAGCAUCCGUACGAUCUAGAGGAAGAUCGGCCAUGGCACAAACAGCAUCCCCUCGAGAUAUGCCGGACGACGAAGCCGUUGUGGCAGGGCAGCGACGGAGUAGAGGAGCAGAUUGAGAAGUCUAGAAAGCAGGUGGCCUUAUUGCUCGCUCAGUAUGGGGCACGUCGACCGCCUGCUCCUCCAGUGGUUAUCAAUUUGGCCGAGUAG